AAAAGAAAAGAAUAAUAAAUAAAACUAAAGAUAAAAUAUUUAAAUUAAGUGUCUUAAUUUGCGUACGAGAAACUAGUUGAAAGUUGUUGUUGGAUUUAAAAUGUGAGGAGGAAAGUUUACUGUUUGGCAUUUUAAAAGCAUGGCGGUCAUCAGAUGUUGUGCAUUUAUCUUUGCUUCUAUUAUUAUUAUCAUUCUCGGUGCAACAUUUUUUCAUGGCAUGGAGAAAAAACGUAGCAGUGAAUCAGAAGAAGAUACAUCCAUAUCUAGAAUUCUGCAAAAUACAAAGUAUAAUCUAUCGAAAGAUAAAGUAGAUGAUAUUUUAAUGCUUCUGAAAGAAAACUUUGUAGUCGAGAGAAAAAGCAAUUUAAAACGUCACUCAUUUGCUCAGUGGAUUUACUUUGUUACUAGCCUCGUGUUGACAAUAGAUUACAAUGAUGAGAUGCGCCCAAGAACUGAUGGCGAAAAAAUAUUCACAGCUUUUUACACGUUUAUUUCAAUUCCAGUACUUGCUACAACGCUUCAUUUGACAUCGAGUCUUGUUUUUAGUCUAUUGCAUCAUAUGACAACUAAAAUUCAUAGACUGGGACUACCUUUUUAUCGAAAAACAGAGUGGAUGGAACUGCUGACGUCAUUUUUGUUGUUGGUCAUAUUUACAUGUUUGGUUACCACAUUUGAUACUUAUACCAGUUCGAAUUUAAAUUUUGGUAAUUCUUUCUACCAAUGGCUUUUAGUAUUGUUUACAAUUGGACGAGAGAAGGAAAGCAUGACAGAUAUACCCGAUUAUAAAUGCAUCUGUCUAUCACUGUUUUGCUUUCUUGAAGUUGUCUUUUUAGUCACUUUUGCUAAAGGUGCAGUAACUUGCUUUAAAAGGACAAAGAAGUCUUCAAUGGUUGAUCGAAAGGGAAAGUAUGUAUUCCCGAAAAGGGAAAAACCAGGUAUAUUUUACAUCAAUGAAGGAAUUGUAAAAGACAGAUUUCAUUCGGCAUCACCGCAUUUAUAUUUGAAAAGCAAACUGGGUGUGAUAAAAUAAGAUGAAAAUAA